UGGAUGGCUGUUCUCCGCUCCCUCGCGGCGGUCCGCGCGGCGCCGGGGCUUUGGUGGCGGGCGGCGCGCGAGUCGUUGGGGCUCCGGGGCCGCUGCCCGGGUAGAGGAUACUCUGUGGAUGCCGCGCAGAGCCCACCAACUUUUGGGUUCCUGUUGGACAUCGAUGGAGUGCUGGUGCGGGGUCACAGAGUGAUCCCUGCGGCUCUGGAAGCGUUCCGCAGGCUGGUGAACGCUCAUGGGCAGCUGCGGGUGCCCGUGGUCUUUGUCACCAAUGCUGGCAACAUCUUACAACACAGCAAAGCCCAGGAACUGUCAGCCCUGCUGGGGUUCAAGGUGGAACCGGAUCAAGUCAUUCUCUCUCACAGCCCCAUGAAGCUCUUUUCGCAAUAUCACAACAAGCGGAUGCUGGUGUCUGGGCAGGGGCCCGUGGUGGAAAAUGCCCGAGUAUUGGGCUUCGAGAAUGUGGUUACUGUGGAUGAGCUGCGUAUGGCCUUUCCUGUGCUUGACAUGGUAGAUCUCCAGCGGCGGCCAAAGACCACGCCCCUUCUAAGGAACGACUUCCCGGCCAUUGAAGGGGUUCUUCUCCUUGGGGAGCCAGUCCGCUGGGAGACAAGCCUGCAGCUGAUCAUAGAUGUCCUGCUCAGCAAUGGGAACCCUGGGACUGGUCUAGCAACGGCUCCUUAUCCCCAUCUCCCUGUCCUGGCUAGCAACAUGGAUCUCCUUUGGAUGGCUGAAGCCAAGAUGCCUAGGUUUGGCCAUGGCACCUUUUUGCUGUGCCUGGAAACCAUUUACCAGAAAUUGACAGGCAAAGAGCUGAAAUACGAGGGCCUGAUGGGCAAACCCAGCGUCCUCACUUACCAGUACGCAGAGGACCUGAUCCAGCAGCAGGCAGAGAGGCGGGGGUGGGCGGCCCCCAUCCAGAAGCUCUAUGCUGUCGGUGAUAACCCUAUGUCUGAUGUCUACGGUGCCAACCUGUUCCACAAGUACCUGCAGAUGGCGAAGCAUGGUGGGGCAGAGGAGCGGGGGGCCAGUGGCUUGUGGAAGCAGCGGCCCUCAGCAACUCAGAGCUGCGCCUCUAUCCUGGUGUGCACUGGUGUGUACAAUCCCAAGGGCCCAGAGCCCACCAGGCCCACCCAAGAAGCAGAGGCGGCUCCAUUCCAUGGGCACCGGGACUUCAGCUUCAGUCCAGGGCUCAUGGAGGCAUCGCACAUUGUGAAUGAUGUGAAUGAGGCUGUACAGCUGGUUUUCCACAAGGAGGGUUGGGCUUUGUAGUAAGGGCUGUGCAUUGGAGAUGAGGGAGGGACCCUGGAGCUAGAGGGGAGUCCUGUUGACUAACUUUUGGCCCACAUCACUGGGCAUCAAGUCAGGGCUGCUUCCCGUGACACUCUGUGUGGCCCCACGGUGGAUAUUACUGGUCACUUGGAAGAAGACACUGGCUUUAUCUCCUGCUGGGCAGUAGCCACAGAAUGGUACCCCGGGAGCAUUUUGGGUAGAACCAUCAGGAUUUUCUGGGCCCAGUUCCUGUCUGCUUCUGACAGUCUGACCUUGGGCCAGUCCCUUUACCUCUGUUCCUCAGUUUCUUCUCUCAUUUCAGUAGGGACUUAAGAAAAAAGGGGAAGUGGUGGGAAAUAAUGCGGAGCCUUGUCUGCACUGAGGGCACCGCUGCAUGCCAGCAAGCUGUGUCACUAAUACUAUGAUACUGCUUUUUAUUGUAUUUUAGCUUACUGCCCAGAGACUUUGAGGCUUAUUUUUUUAAAUUAAAAUAAUCAUAAUAAAUAUUCA